AUGCAUUGGGUUAAAGAUGAUAAACAGAAUGUUGUAAUGGUUCUUUUGGAAUUUGAGAAAGCAUAUGAUAGAACUGAGUGGCCUUUCGUUAGAGGAAUGUUGCAAGCUUUUGGUUUUCCUUCCUACUUUUGUAGAUGGAUAGAUAUUCUUUUUAAGGACUCCUCCACGGUUGUUGAGGUUAAUGGUGAACUUUCUGAACCUAUCCCUCUAAGGAGGUCUAUCAAGCAAGGGUGCCCCAUUGCUCCAACCUUGUUUGUCAUUGUCGUUGAUGCUCUUUAUUACAUUAUGAGGGCUCCUAAACUUGGUCCCUCUAUUAUAGGUCUUACUCUUCCUAAUACAGAUGAUCUGAUCAAUGACCAAUUUGCUGAUGAUUUUGCUUUAUUUUUGGCCUUGAAUGAGGAAAAUUUUGAUAAUUCUAUGGAUAGAUUAUAG